GAAUGGGACCAUGGCAACUAUGUACAGAAGAGGGAGAGCCUGGCAAAGUGUGGACAUCACGGUCAAGUUGAUGACAGGAAAAACCCUGUCCUUCAGUCAGAUACCUCUCAACACAUCGAUCAAGGAGCUGAAACUGAAGGUUGAGGACGCCUGUGGCAUCCCUUCGCAAUGUCAGAGGCUGACAUACCUUGACAUGUGUGACAUGUUCGAUCAUAAGACCCUCGAGCAAUCAGAUGUUGUCGACAGAGGACGGUUCAAUAUGAAGGUGUGGGCUCCGUUCGGAGCGCUCGUUAAUGCUGCGUCAGGAGGUCACAUAACUCAAGUCUUUCAAAGUGGUCUCAUCAACAACAGAGGCUUUCUUAAUCAGGACGAAGCGUUUCUAGCGCUGUAUAUAGCAGCUCACGGUGGUCACCUCAGGCUGGUCCUCAUGAUACUGUCCUAUGGGGUGAACGUUAACUUCAGCACUAAACUAGGCCGCACUGCUCUCCACGCAGCGGGUAUAAAAGGUCAGUGGUCAGUACUGUGUCUCCUGAUAAAUUGGGGAGCCAACAUCUACAGUAAGGACGAAUCAGGAUUUACAGCAAUGGACUACGCGCGCAUGUUUGGACACAGAGAAUCUGCACGUGGGCUGGCGCUCUACGAGUGGCACCUGAACAAAGAGCAGCACGUGCGAAAGAAGCAGAGUGCGUCUGCGGACCAGUCUAUUGAUAUUAUGUCCCAGUUCCCUCCUCAUUGGAUAGCUGAGGUGCCUGGCUGCAAUGUUAAACAGAUAUUCUCCCCGCCGGUAACGAUGAACCUGGUGGCUGCACGUGCGGCAAACAUGUUGGUAAUCCUCCCAGAAAUGGCAGGUCGUGAGGACACGGAACGCCCUCCGUCUCCCAACUACGUUUGUGGUCGCGAUCACGCGAUACCAGGGGUUUCAGCCCUCAAUAUCAAGAAGAACACGAGACGUGUUACCCUGCCUCCCCUGGUAACACGGAGGUCCACCCCACCAAAUUACGACGAGUGGCUGAUAACUAAGUCAAAGCAGAAGGCUCAGCGGGUGAAGAAGAUCCAAGAAGAGUUGGACCUUGAAGCAGAGGAAAAGAGGCAGAAGGAGGUGGAGAAACAUAUCAGAGCAAGAGAUGCGUUUGAGAAUUGGGUUAGAAUCAGGGCACCUAAUCAGAGACAGUUUAAUUUACACGAUAGAGCUAGAGUGGGAACCGUGUAGCGGGGAACUACUUAUCGUUCAUCAAUACGAUGUAGGUUGGAAAUAAAUUAAACUUUCUUUUUUAGCCCGAUUAAGUAAUCUAUUACUCACAGCAAAGUCAUAAUUUUCAGAACAAUUUUGAGUCAUGCAUUACAGCAUAGUGCAAUGUUAAGGUACAAAUGCUUUCUUUUAACCUUUAAAAAUUAAAAUAUAUACGUUUCAUUCUAAACCUUUAGUUGUUGAUUAUAUAAUUUAUUUUCAUUCAGAUUUUUAGUUUAGGUUUUUAGUUCA